AUGUCUUCGAUCAUUUCCAUGUUCGUGCUCGUUGCUUUUCAGCUAUCCAUUCAAGCUGCGAAAUCAGAACCACUGAUUCAAGAUGAAGCUUGGGGUUACGUGGAAGUAAGACCAAAUGCUCACAUGUUCUGGUGGUUUUAUGGAGCUCAGGUGAAAGAUCCAGCAGAGAGAGUUCAAAAACCUCUGUUGAUGUGGUUGCAGGGAGGUCCCGGGGCUUCCUCCACAGGUUAUGGCAAUUUCGCAGAGAUCGGUCCCCUGGAUAUCGAUCUCAAGCCGCGCAAUACAACGUGGAUAAAGGAAGCUAACAUAGUAUUUGUGGAUAAUCCUGUUGGUUGUGGAUAUAGUUAUGUUACAGAUCCAUCGGCCCUCACCACGAACAUCUCAGGUACGUAGGGACCUUCGUUUCGAAGUUGUUGGACACCUAGAUUAGUUUUGAGUUUUUCAGUUUUGAGCCCCUCCCCUCAGCCCCCUCCUAUUCCAUUUCCCCCUACUCCCCCUUAGCCCCCUCCUCCAUAAUGCGCAAUACUGUUAUUUUAAAGGACUAAAUCCUUAUCAUUUGUCUUUUUAGAAAUUACAGCUGACUUGAUAACCUUCUUCAAAGCUUUUCUGCUCAAGUUCCCAAUUUUCCAGAAGUUACCUUUUUUCAUUGCUGGUGAGUCGUAUGGUGGUAAAAUGGCUGCUGCUUUGGGUAAGGCCUUAUAUGUCUUGAUUAAAGAAAAGAAGAUUCAGUGUAAUCUUAUUGGGCUUGCCCUAGGAGACUCCUUGAUAUCUUUUGAAGACAUAACACUCUCUUACGGACCAUAUCUAUUUUCUUUUUCGCUGCUUGAUGGGAAAGACUACAAUGAUGUCCAAGAAUUGGCCAAUGAAGUUUUCAAUGCUGCCAGUAAAGGAGAUUUUAAGACAGCUAUGGAUUUAACGGACAAAGGAAACAACCUCAUUGCUAAUGUAACUGACAAUGUUGAUGUUUAUUAUGUGUUGCGUCAUAAUGUAUUAGAUUCUGUCAACACACAGUCCCUUAUCCACAAGAAUACUUCCAGGCUGUCACAUGAUCAAAUGUUUGCACAAUACAUAAUAAGAGCCCACAGUGAUCCUCUUUCUGAGCUCAUGAAUGGGCCAAUCAGAAAGAAGCUUGGUAUAAUACCAGAAAAUGUUACAUGGGGUGGCCAGUCAAAUUUGGUGGCAGACCGUCAACGAAAUGACAUCCCAUCAUCAGUAUUAUCAGAUGUGGGUGAACUUGUCAGGGGAGGGGUGAAAGUGAUUGUGUAUGAGGGUCAGCUUGAUAUGAUCUGUGGGACACUUGGCGCAGAGUUGUGGAUUUCGAAAAUCAAGUGGGAUGGCUUGUCAGAAUUUUUGAAGGCAUCUAGGAAACCAUUGUAUGCACCAUCAAAAUUGGAAAAGAGGGAAACUGGAGCUUUCUUGAAGAGCUAUAAAAACUUUGGGCUUUAUUACAUUCUCAAUGCUGGUCAUAUGGUUCCAAUAGAUGCCCCUGAAAUGGCUUUGGAAAUGAUAAAAACUGUCCUGAACUAA